CCUCUUCUCCCUCUUUCUCCUUGGCUCGGCUCCUCCCCGCCAUGGCGGGGGGUUGAAGGGAUCCGCCUCCCUCCCUCAGCAACAGCAUCCCUUCCCCUCCCCUACGCUGAGGCAGGUGCUGUCAACGCCGCCUCGGCUUCACCCGCCGCCGCCUCCUCCUGAUGGGGUCCCCGGCAGGCGCGUCGGGUUCGGCGGCUGCUGCGGCAGCGGCCGCCGCGGCAGACUCUGCGCAGUGGUUGUCGGUGAAGGAGGAGACCAUCUUCCUCCACGACGGGCUGAUCCGGGUCACGGACCUGGCCGAGCUGCCGAGCGAGAUCAUCGGCGUGGCCGAGCCGGGAGACACGGAGCUGGAGAUCUUAACAUUUGAAACCAAGAAUCCAACGGAGCUGUCGGAGCGCCUGCGUUCUGUCUGUGGAAAUCAGAGCAACGCCUAUGCCCGCCUGCUAGAAUACCGCUUGAAUGCUCUGCGUGGACUCUGGAAUGCCCAGCGCCAGCUUGCCUUGGAGGAACAGCAUGAACGGGAAAACUCUGGGGAUGAGGAAGCCCUUGCCUUGCUCAAGCGGCAAGGCCUGUUACAGCAACCUGAACAAGCACCUUUCACUUCGCGGAUGGGGCUGCUCUUGGUCUUCCCUCUCAUUGAGUCCCAGAGCAGAACGGACCCUUCCCUUUGUAACAUAACUGCUGAGGUGCUCUUGACUUGCCUUCGUGACUGUCAGCCCUUGAGUUUGACUAAGGAGCCUGUGGACUGUCUCAAUGGCAUUGAGUCCUUGCUCUGCUCAUGGCUGGAGGAGACGUCCACUUCAGGCCAACAGAUUCCACAGAAGCAAAAAGAAAACGCUGCUGCUGCCCUUGUUGCCUUGGCUUGUGCAAGGGGAUCAUUGAAAACGUUUGUUCACACAGUACACCUUUUACAGAAGCAAACAGAGUUGGGACCCCUGCCUGUAGCUGAUGUGUUACACAGGUUGUUGCUUUUGGAAGGGGGGCCUGGAUCACCCUCUUGUUUGCUUGGGGGCAAACACAUGGUGUCCUGGGGGUUUGAAGAUAUGUUGCCAGCACCUGAUGCCAACCCGGGCUCAGGCUCAGAAAAUAAAGAUGCAGAUUUAGGACGCUGCCUUGCAGCAGAUGGGCUUUAUCUUUAUACAACAAACUCAGUUGGCAGAGGAAUAAGCAAAUUAGGAUCUGGAUUACAUGGUACUUUACGAGGCUUUGUGUACUGCCGUAAUGAAGAGUUGGAGCCAGGCUGGGUUGCUUUUGGCAAUGGCAAGCUUCUUCACAGACCUGUCUCCUUUGAUAACAAACCUCACUCCCUUUUCCAGGUUAUUGACCAGAACACCCUGCAGGUAUGUCAGCUUCUCCCAAUGCCAGCAGAUCACUUUCCAGUUGGCAGCACUAUGACCACUGUGCAUCUUUCUUCGGAUGGCACCUACUUCUAUUGGAUUUGGUCUCCUGCAAGCUUGAAUGAAAAAACACCAAAAGGACACUCUGUCUUCAUGGAUGUUUUUGAGCUCACAGUGGAAAAUGGCGCCUGUGUGGCCAAUCCCCUCCAAGAGCGGAUAAUACUCAUGAGGAAAGAGGGGGAUUCAGCAAAAAGCAUCAAUGAGAUGCUUCUGAGCAGGCUUUCAAGGUACAGAGCCUCUCCCUCAGCAACCUUGGCUGCCCUGACUGGCUCCACCAUCUCCAAUACACUGAAAGAGGACCAAGCAGCUGCUAACACUAGUUGUGGUCUGCCUCUAAAAAUGCUACGAAAGACUCCAAUAUACACAUGUGGGACUUAUUUGGUGAUGUUAGUCCCACCCCCGGGUGGCUCUGGCAGCUCUGCCACACGGUCGCUCUUUGGUGGAACAAGUGGCUUGUCAUCCUUGAAAAGCUCUCUGUUUAAAGUUCUGGCUUCGAGUUUGGUGUACAGUAUCUCAGAUGGACAGUUUGCAAGCCGAGCGGAUCUCAUUGAUGCUGCUGGGAGCUCACUUGGACGCGGUGCUCUUGUUCCUGGUCUUGGAGCGUGCUAUGAUGCUAUGAAUAACAUGAUCUGGACAUGCUCAAACGACUAUAUUGAUCAAUGGUGCAAUCCAGGGAACCAAGCCUUCCAUUACGUUUGCCAGAGGCUAGGAGUCAGCCAUAUAAUUAUGGAACCAAAAGGAGAUGCCAUAACCACAAAUGAGGUUAUCAAUCAAUUACUGCACCAUGUUGGUGCUAUGUGUAUCCAUCAACUCAACCUGCUGGCAGCGAGUAACAACCUUCCAAUCACAAACUUUCUGGGCAAGCAACACCCAAUCGAGGGCCAUCAUCUUAGCAGUAUUUGCGACAUUAUGGAGAAAGCUAUGGUCAAUGGGGACACCUGCAUUAUACGCUGCAUCUUGGUUGUAUUCCAGGUGGUUUUUAAAUUUUUCUUCAGCCCUCAAACCGAGAAGAAUCGUGACAUCGUAAGACGAUCUGGCCUCUUGCUUUGGCAGUUACUGAUGGCACCAGUGGACCAGAUCAGCCCUGAGAUUCAGAAGGAGGUCUGCCUGGCAAUCAGCUCUGGUCUAAAUAACCUGUACCCUGGAGAAGUGGAAAUUAAUAACUUGCUUAAGUUGGUUUUAACAGAAGGAGACAGAAACAGUGGGCUUGCCCAGCUUCGAAAUGUGAUCAUGACUAACCUGGCUGAGCAGCUUCAGAACAACAGAUUUGGCAGCGAAGAUGAUGAACAUUACAGACUAAACGAUGAACUUUUGCACUACAUUCUCAAGAUCGUUGUCCGAGAAUCAUGUAUCUUAAUCACCAAGUGCCAAACUGUAUCCAGAGAUGAAUUUCAAAGGCUCCUCUCAACUGUGCCUGCUGCCUCUUCUUGCCUGCGGUAUCUGAUGGCCGUACAGAACCAUCUUCUGAGUAAUACAAUUUUGAUUAAGCCUGACGAAAACGAUGACAGUGACAGCUCCUUGCAGGGAGAGACAUUGAAGGUACAGGAGCUUAAAGCUAGUAUCUUGGCUCUGGCUACUCAGAUCCUUACGGGAUGCGAUGAAGUUCUAGAAAUGCUGCAGCAAGUCACCACUGCUCUGAUAAACAGCGAUAUUCCAGACAGGGAGCAGCGGUUAAAAGGCCUGGAGCAGGUGACCAAAGCCACAAUGCUGGGCCAUUUGCUUCCGGUUUUGCUGACCUCUCUGAUGCACCCUAAUCUCCAAACAUUGACCAUGGCCGAUGCUCUGAUGCCUCAGCUGGUGCAGCUGGUCCUCUACACAAGUCAGACAGCCUUGCUGCUGAAAACCCAGUCUCCUGUUUUCUCUGAAGCGGGCAGUUCUCCUGGAGGGGCAUCAGAGCAGAGGAGCAAGCUAUUCCCUGAUGAGAGAAUGCUAGAAGAAAAAGAAGAGCCAGGUUUCCUUACUGGCUUAAAGAUUCCAGCUCCUUGGGCUGCUGGGAAGACAGUAGAGACAGUCCAUCCUGUCAGAGACAAUUACAAAUUUAAAGAGACAGUGCAUAUUCCGGGAGCCCGUUGUUUGUACCUGAGGUUUGAUAGCCGCUGCUCUUCACAGUAUGAUUAUGAUAAGUUGGUGAUCUACGCAGGCCCCAACACAAAUAGCCGGAAGGUUGCUGAAUAUGGGGGCAACACCCUAGGAUAUGGCAGCCGGAGUGUCUUAGGAACUGGUUGGCCCAAAGACUUAGUAAAGGUGGAAGGGGACACCGUUACCUUCUCCUUUGAAAUGCGGAGUGGCCGAGAACACAACACCCCAGACAAAGCUAUGUGGGGCUUUGCUUGUACAGUUCGAGCACAGGAGUCAUCAGAAGAUGUGUCGGGGGGAUUGCCAUUCUUGGUAGACCUUGCUUUAGGCUUGUCUGUGCUGGCUUGCUCUAUGCUGAGGAUUCUGUACAAUGGACCAGAAAUAACCAAAGAGGAGGAAACGUGCCAAGAUCUUCUGAGAUCUAAACUUUUACAGAGGUGCCAGUGGCAAGUAGAAGCCAAUGGCGUCAUCUCUCCAGCCCUCACCCCAAGCCCCUCCCCGCUGCCUCUCACCAUUGAUGAAGACCGAGAGUUCACUUAUCCCUCCGAUAUACUUGUGCCUCCUGUUGGUCACUACUUUGACUUGCCAAGGAUCAGGCUCCCUCCUGGAAUCAUGAUCAAACUCAGGGAAAUAUCCGGUCGAGCUCGGCCUCAGUUCAGACCCAGCAUCAGAGAGGUAAUCCAGCCGGACAUAAUGGAAGAAAUGGUAGUUUCGUGUGUGAUCAAACAUUUGAACCUGGUUGAUGCACUCCAGUCCCUCAUAAACUUCCAGUAUCAAGAGGAGCAUGCAGAAGAAUAUGACUUGCUUUGUAAAAUUAUGGGAGAAACUUUUAAGAAACUAAAUGCCAUGGAAAGACAAUUGCAGAGUGUCGCCGAAUUAGAACAGAAAUGGCAAAGUGAAGUGGAAGAUGCCAUGCAUGGGAAAUUGGAAAACAAUGUGCCCUUCUUUUAUGAUUAUCAUUUUAAUGAGAGCAAAAUGAAAGAAUUGGAACUUUUGUGUUCAAUGAAAGAGAUUUCUUUUGAUGGAAGUGAUCUCGAGAAUAUGGUUCUCUCACUCAGGGAGAAAUUCUUCCAAGAAGUGAACUCUCUGCUUCAGAAGCCUUUGCAUCCCAUGGGUAAAACAAAAACACUGGUCAAGAGCCUGAUGAACCGAGCAGAGCUGCUCUUGCAUGUCACCAUUGCUGCACAGUCUGGGCUUACCAGAAGUAUAUCCGGCACACCUGCAGAGACACCAGCUUGCAAAUCAGCGUCAGAAACAAAGGUGAUAUCCCAUGCUGUCCGCCAGCCUGUUUUCCUCCGCAGUAUGUCAGCACCCUCUGACCUUGAAAUGAUUGCAAAUGAUGACCUAGAGUUCACGAGGUCAAGCCAGAGGCGUCGCCAUGUGACUAGUCACAGAAGCAGCUCUUUUACUCUUCUUCAGUCUCUCACUAUUGAGGACAGCCGAGACAAGCCCACCUAUAGUGUCUUGCUGGGGCAGCUGUUUGCUUUCAUCGGGACCAAUCCUGAUCAAGCAGUAUCAAGCAGCAGUUUCCUAUUAGCUGCUCAGACUCGGUGGCGCCGUGGAAACACCAGAAAACAGGCCCUGGUGCACAUGCGAGAGCUCCUGACAGCAGCUGUUCGUGUUGGUGGUGUGACGCAUCUUGUGGGUCCAGUCACAAUGGUGCUUCAAGGAGGCCCCCGAAUUGAAGAACUCACCUGCGGUGGGAUGGUGGAGCAAGUUCAGGAAGCCUUUGGGGAGACCAUGACCUCUGUGGUGGCCCUCUGCGCUCGCUACCCCAUUGCAUGUGCAAACAGCAUUGGCCUGCUGUGCACGAUACCAUACACCAGGAGUGAAGAGAAGUGCCUGGUGCGGAGUGGCCUCGUCCAGCUGAUGGAUCGGUUGUGCAGUUUAAGCAGCCAGACCGAAUCCAGCUCCAAUGAGAAGCAAACAAAGAAGCAGAAAGUGGCCACCAUGGCUUGGGCUGCAUUCCAAGUGCUGGCCAACCGUUGUGUCGAAUGGGAAAAAGAGGAAGGUGGAUCAACUGAGGCUGUGCACUCAGGGUUGGCUCGCCAGGUCUCCAGUCUCUUAACCAACCACCUGGCACGUGCCACAGAGUGCUGUGGCAACCAGGCUGCUGGGAAUGAUGCGCUGCAGGAUGUGCUCAGUCUCCUGAAUGAUCUGUCUAGGAGUCACAUUGGCAAAGCAAUUCUGAGCCAACCAGCCUGUGUAUCCAAACUUCUCUCUCUGCUCUUGGACCAGCGCCCCUCUCCAAAGCUGGUCCUCAUCAUCCUUCAACUCUGUCGUGCUGCUCUUCCACUCAUGAGUGUUGAGGACUGCGGGAAUGUCGAAUUGCCACCCUGGAGUUACUCUGUGCCCUCCCUAAACAGUGAGCAGGAUGACCCCAGUGACCCAGCUUCUAAAAUUGCCUCCCUGCUCUUAGCAAAACUGGCUGAUUACGUGGUACCAGGAUGUCAGACGGUUCUUUCACCAACUGCUUCUGAACCUGAUACUUCAUUGACAAAAGCCAGCCCAAAAGGUUCCCUUAAAGGAGACAAAGAUCCAGGAGAAGAGAGUGAGGCUGUGGAUGGCAAACUUUCCAUUUUCAUACAUAAGCGGGAAGACCAGUCAUCUCAUGAAGUGCUUCAGCCAUUGCUGAGUAGCUCAGAAGGUCGGCCAUUUCGCCUUGGAACAGGAGCCAAUAUGGAGAAGGUGGUUAAGAUGGAUCGAGAUAUGACCAAAAGUGGUUGCUGCGAAGUGAUCACAGAGGAAGCAGCUGCCGCUUUGCGGAAGGCCACCAAGUGGGCACAGUCUGGAUUGAUCGUGAGCGUAGGGCCACCGGUAGAAACGGUCAGCCCCGAAAGCACCAGUGGCCUGUCAACUGGGGACAAAAAGAAAACAGCACAAAUCUCCAUUUGCAGGGAGCGGAACUCAGAUCUUGCCAGAACCGACCCUGUGAGGCCCUUCAUCAGUGGCCAUGUAGCAAACAGCAUGGCGGCAGAGGUGAUUGCUUUGCUUCACAGCUUGCUCAUGGCACCAGAAUCUAAUGCAGCUCAGAUAUGGACAACUACAGCUGAAAAAGUCCUUUCGCGUGCUCUGAUGUAUAUUCCUCAGCUGGGAAAAUACGCAGAAAGCAUCCUGGAAAAUGGCAGCAGCAGCGGAAGGAAACUCGCCAAGCUUCAAAGGAUUGCUCGCCAGGCAGUCGCUGCUCUUUGCGCUCUUGGUGGCUUCAAAGAGACGAUCAAAAUUGGCUCUGAAGUGCAGGUUUUGGGUAGGGGAAUAGCAGGAAGCAUUGGAGUGGUGGCAUCUAUUAAUGAACAGGAAGGUAUAGCAACGGUCAAAUUUCCACCUACCAAUAUAGACUGUAGAAAGACCUCCCAAGCAUCAGACAUUUUAACUAUUCCAUUAUCUAGGCUCUGUGUUCCAAGAUCAGAGGCAUUGCCUCUCCAUAAACUGUCCAUUACUGAGAAGGUAGUACAGGCAGUCCAGUCCAUGUUGCUUCCUCAGGAGGGAAGUCUCUCUAUUCAUACCUCACUUCCUGCAACAGGAGAUGGCUCAACUCCAGUAAUGGCAGUGGUCCGACUCCUUGCUGAAAUUAGAACCAGAGCAUGCCUGGUGAUGGCACAGUUGCUGGAGGAUAGUUCCUUCUGUGAAGAAUUCAUCCAGCAGUGUCCAGCUGCUGUGGAAGUCCUUAACCUCGUUGCCCAGGAAUGCAGCCCUGGGGAGCGGCUCCUUGUUGUAGAAGUGCAGUGUGAAAGGUUAAGGAUGCUGUAUCGUGACAGCGCUCGCCCUCCACCGCCACCUCUGCAGGCAGACCGAAGGCAGGCCCUUCUCUUCUUGGUUCAGCCCAAGGAAGUCACCUGGAAUCCUUCUAGGGUCUUCCCACCUGUGCGAGCCUGUAUGUUCUCCUCACAUCUUACAGCCGUGACUUUCCUUGCGGAUCCCAGUGCCGGCGGAGGGCUGCCUCGUGGCACCUUCAUUUACGCCACAUCGCCAGUUCCGGUACAGGCACCAUCCUUCUAUUGGGAGAUUGAGAUAGUGUCCUACGGAGAUACAGAUGAUGACACAGGGCCAAUUGUUUCGUUUGGCUUUGCCACGGAAGCAGAAAAGCGUGAUGGAGCGUGGACCAACCCUGUGGGCACCUGCCUCUUCCACAACAAUGGAAGGGCUGUUCAUUACAACGGUUCCAGUUUGCUGCAGUGGAAAAGUGUGAGACUGGAUGUGACCCUCUCUCCUGGUGAUGUUGCAGGCAUUGGCUGGGAAAGGGCAGAAGGCACCCCUCCUCCUCCAGGGCAGCCAGCCAAAGGCCGGGUGUAUUUUACAUACUGUGGACUGCGGUUGGGCCCAUAUCUGGAGGAUGUGUCUGGGGGAAUGUGGCCUGUCGUCCAUAUCCAGAAGAAGAACACCAAAGUCCGAGCCAAUUUUGGGUCUCGUCAGUUUGCCUAUGCAGAAGGCCAAGCUCACCGAAACGCCGCCGACCUCUGCAUCGACCUCGCAGAAGAAAUAAGUGCCAACUUUGAAGCGUUGCCUUUUGCCAUGGCUUCCGAUAGCGAUAACGAUGCAGGCACCAGCACCGCCUCCGACCCAGGGACUCAUGGGCCGCCUUGCCGGAUUGCCGCUGUGGCCACAGCUCAGCAACAAUAUGACAGUGACACUUCUUGCCAUUAUAAGAUGGAACUCAGCUAUGAAAACUUCAUCACAUCGGGCCCUGAGCCUCACCCUCCUCCCCUUGCAGAUGAUGAAAGCGAUGACGAAGACGAUGAUGACAUCCCAAGGGAGGAUCACUAUGCCUUGCUAGUGAAAGCCUGGGAGACCAAAGUAUUCCCUACAAUUAGAAGGCGGUUCCGCAAUGAAGCAGAGAGGAAGUCUGGCUUGGAUCAAAUUAAAGGAGCUUUGCAGCUGGGAAUGGUUGAUAUAGCCCGGCAAACAGUGGAAUUCCUCUAUGAGGAAAACGGGGGCAUCCCUCGAGACCUGUACCUUCCCACAAUUGAGGAUAUCAAAGACGAAGCCAAUAAGUUCACCAUUGAUAAAGUUCGGAAAGGUCUCACCGUCGUCACCCGCUGCCCAGAUAGUAACAACGUGGCCACUAAUGCCGUAGGAACAGCCUUGCCUAAGUUUGCUAUCCGUGGGAUGUUGAAGACAUUUGGGCUCCACGGAGUAGUUCUGGAUGUUGAUUCGGUGAAUGAGCUUGUCCAGGUAGAGACUUAUCUAAGGAGCGAAGGUGUCUUGGUCAGAUACUGGUACCCUAUUGAUAUGCUUGAACGACCACCUGCUGGCUAUAGGAGGACUGCAACAAAUGGCCUGGUUUCUCUGGACAAUGCAAACAUUCAGAUUCACAGAGAACUUUUACGAUGUGAAGCUGCACUUGCUAGGCUGUACUGCCGCAUGGCUCUUCUAAAUAUUUUUGCCCCUAAAUCUCCUCACAUGUUUACUCACCUGUUUCACAUCCCUGCCAUUCGGGACAUCACUCUAGAACACCUCCAGCUGCUAUCCAAUCAGCUUCUUGCACCACCUCUUCCUGAUGGAACCAUCAGCUCCAGCUCUAUCCUCCUGGCCCAGUCCCUCCAGCACUGCAUACAUUCCCAGAACUGCUCAGCCACAGACCUCUUCUACCAAGGCAGUUCCCAAACAGUCCAGGAGUGGCUCACAGUUGCCAUUGCUCGGACCCUCCAUCAGGGAGAGGAGAGUCUGCUCGAUCUGACAAAACAGAUCUGUUCCUUCUUGCAGAAUGCUCCCGAACAGUUCCCAUCUGAAGAGUUUCCCAUUUCUGAAUCCAAAGUCAACAUGGACGUGAACUUCCCUGGUGCAGCCUUUAUAGUUGUGUCCUGUAAGGAAAGUCAGUCUGGAUUCCGCAAAGACUCCUCGCUUUAUAAGGCUCCCUGGGCUCGGAUUCUUGUUUAUGGCCUUGGUCACAAAGUGAAGAGGAGUGGCCAGUUGAACCUCAUUGAGGCUGUGUGCUACCCUCGAGAUGCUUCUCCAACCAACACAGGCUUGACGCCACCCCCCACAACCAAUCAGUAUCCUUCCGUCAUCAUAUCCACAGACAAGGUCCACAUCAAACUUGGAGUGUCACCGCCUCCUGGAGCUGUGCUCAUCCUGCACUCCCUUCCCCUGGAAUUUCCCCUGGCGAUGGCGUUUGCAGAGCAGCUGCUGACCUGGAAACUCGAGAAUGGCGACGGUAAAUCUGAAGAGGAGCUGGACACAAUCCCUGCCUCAGUUCUCUUGCAAGUGGUGGAAAUCCUUGGGAAUUUCCUGUGGACAAUCAACAUGGCAGCCUGUGUGAAGGAACUGCUCUUUCAUCUCCUAGCCGAAUUGCUUCGCAAAAUUCAUGGCCUAGAGCAGAAGAAGAACCCAGCAGGGUUGUCCUCCUCCAUUGCGCUUCAGCUCAACCCUUGCCUGGCCAUGCUGAUGGCUCUCCAGUCAGAACUGCACAGGCUGUACGAUGAAGAAACCCAAAACUGGGCAUCUGGAAAUGCUUGUGGCGGGUCCGGGGUUGGAGGAGCUGACCAGGGGAGAUUUUCCACUUAUUUUCAUGCUCUGAUGGAGGUCUGCCUGGCCGUAGCAGAAGUAACCUUGCCGAUCAACAUGAGCAUCACAGCCAAUGUGAUGUCAUCGACCAGCGGCCCAAAUCUAAGUGAUUCUUCCUCCUCCUCUUCAUCAUCUCCUGGGCAGACCCCACAGAGCCCAAGCCUCCUGUCAAAGAGGAAAAAGGUUAAAAUGAAGCGAGAGAAGACAACAUCUUCAGGGAAGCGAACUUCAUCCCGAGCUGCCGAAACGGACACUGCUCUGUUGAGCAUCGGUGGGAGCAAGCCAGAGGACAUGUUGUGGUUCCAUCGGGCGCUCACCUUGCUCAUAAUCCUCAGGCAUCUAACAAAGAAGGAUCCCCAAGGGCUGGGUGUGACAAACGAUGCUGUGGCUGAUGCUUGCCAGGCCUUGGUUGGGACAACUGCUCACAGCCGCUUACUGGUGAUUUCGGGGAUCCCCACCCACUUGGAGGAAGGUACUGUGCGGAGCGCCAUCCGCAAGGCCUGCAAUGCCCACGGCGGUGUCUUCAAAGAUGAGAUCUACAUUCCAGUUCAGGAGGAGGAGCCUAAGAAAACCAAGGACAAAGCGGAGGGAGGGGAAUGUAAGACCGAGAUGGACAAGCCUGUGGUCUCCAGCAGCGUGGACAGCUUGGACAUCAGCAGCUCCAGCAGCGUCACGCCUGCCAUGAGCAUCAGUGCCUCUGCUUCCACCAGCCAAGCCUCUCUUUGUAGCUCCCAGGGGAUCUCACGGACCAUUAGCGAUAUCUCUGUAGACCAGUUUCAAGCUGGCCUGGAGAUGGCCAUUCCGCCUGGGUUGCUGGAGCCACAUGUGGUUUCCAGCCAGGAGAGUUUAGACCUCUCACUCUGUAGCACUGGGAGUCUGGGCAGCCUGGGGAGUCUCGGGGAGCAGCUCGACAAUGUGGAAACUGCAUCGGUGUCAGAUGUCGGAUCUAUGUACACUGUUACAUCUCUGGACAGCCAGCCAGUCCCCUCGAGGCCCAUCAAGGGCUUUGCAGUUGUGGAGAUACGAUCCCGGGCCAAGAUAGAAAAGAUCCGAGCCAGCUUAUUUAACAGCAGCGAUUUGAUUGGCUUGUCGAGUCUGGAUGGAGAGGAUGAGCUCAUGGAAAUGUCAACGGAGGAGAUUUUAACUGUCUCAACUGUGAAUCAGAGUUUGUUUGAUACACAAGGGAGUCCUGCACUUGAAGACUAUUUCAAUGACAAGACCAUCAAAGGUGACAAACUUGUGCCAGGUGCCCGCGAAGUCCUCACGGAAAUAUUUAAAAGCUGCCUCCAUUCUGAGCAAAUGCUGAGCUUGACACCUGCAAAACCGACCAAAGUGGCAGAGAUUUAUCUCAGCAAAGAGCAGAUUAACGCCCAGACACCAGGAAACCUGCUGCACACCUUCUUCACCAAUGUCCGCCCCCCAAAGAAAGUUCUUGAGGAUCAGCUCACCCAGAUCCUGAGAAAAUACGGGGCUCCCAAGCCAAAGUUUGACAAGAGCAAGUACAACAAGGCUGGCAAAGAGCAGCACCCGGUGAAAGUUGUGAGCACCAAGCGGCCCGUCACAAAGCCCCCCGCCAAGGAGAAGGCAGUGCUCAACAGUGUCAGCAGGACAGCUUUGAGUGAGAAGAAGCCGACUGUGAAGCCCAAAUCCCCAGAGAAAAGCAAGCCUGAGGAAAAGGACCCUGACAAGUCUCCCACAAAGAAACAGGAGGUUCCUGAAGAGAAGUACCUGACACUAGAUGGAUUUCACAGAUUUGUCAUUGACCGGGCAAAACAGGACAUCCGUAGCGUGUGGCGAGCCAUUUUGUCAUGUGGUUAUGACCUUCAUUUUGAAAGGUGUGCCUGCAUCGAUGCCAGACAUGCCCAGAAAGCUUCCCGCAAGUGGUCCUUGGAAAUGGACGUCGCCCUGGUUCAAUACAUCAACCGGCUCUGCCGCCAUCUGGCAAUUACACCGGCUCGGCUCCACCCACACGAAGUGUACUUGGACCCUGCUGACACAGCUGACCCACGCGUCUCCUGCCUGUUGAACGUCCCUAUUGAAAGCCUCCGCCUGCGCUUUGCUCUACUCCAGUCCCUCAACACCACUUUGGAGACGUUCUUCCUACCGCUAGUGGAGCUCCGGCAAACGGAAAUGUACACCAACAGCAUUGCAGCGCUUCUCCAAGAGGCUAAAGGAUUCAUCUUUUACGAUACAAAAGUGGCUGUCAUGAACAGAGUGCUAAAUGCCACUGUGCAAAGGACGGCCGAUCAUGCAGCCCCCGAGAUCACCCUGGACCCGCUUGAAAUUGUUGGAGGAGAGAUUCGUUCUUCAGAGAACUCCUACUUCUGCCAGGCCGCCCGGCAGCUGGCAUGCGUGCCGUCCUCACAGCUCUGUGUGAAAUUGGCCAGCGGGGGAGACCCAACUUAUGCCUUCAACAUUCGCUUCACAGGCGAGGAGGUCCAUGGCACAAGUGGUUCCUUCCGCCACUUCUUGUGGCAGGUCUGCAAGGAGCUCCAGAGUUCACUGCUCUCCCUCCUCUUGCUCUGCCCCAGCUCAGCAGUCAAUAAGAACAAGGGCAAAUACAUCCUGACACCCAGCCCCAUCAGCUAUGGGGAGGAGCAACUGCUGCAUUUCUUCGGGCAACUGCUGGGCAUUGCCAUCCGGGCAGACGUCCCCUUGCCCCUGGAUCUCUUGCCCUCCUUCUGGAAGACUUUAGUUGGAGAAUCACUAGAUCCAGAUGUUGACCUCCAGGAGGCUGACAUACUGACCUACAACUACAUCAAGAAAUUUGAAAAUCUGAACGACGAGUCGGAGCUGGAGGCCCUGUGUGCUGAAAUUGCUUCCCAGCACCUUGCAAUGGAGAGCCCCGACUGCCCCAACAAACCGAGCUGCAAGUUCACAUACCUGACAAUGACGGGGGAAGAAGUGGAGCUGUGCACCAGAGGCAGGCACAUCCCGGUUGUGUGGGAGAACAAGGACGUCUAUGCAACAGCCAUCCGGAACCUGAGGUUACGCGAGCUGCACAAUCCAGAGUGUGCGACGGCCGUGAGGUCUGGCCUAGGCUCCAUUAUCCCUUUGCAGCUUCUGACCAUGUUGACUCCCCUGGAGAUGGAGCUGAGGACCUGCGGCCUUCCCUACAUCAACCUGGAGUUCCUCAAGGCACAUACCAUGUACCAAGUGGGACUGAUGGAGACUGACCAGCACAUUGAGUUUUUCUGGGGGGCGCUAGAGAUGUUCACACAGGAGGAGCUCUGCAAGUUCAUCAAAUUUGCCUGCAACCAGGAGCGCAUCCCCUUCACCUGUCCCUGCAAAGAUGGCGGACCAGACACUGCGCAUGUCCCUCCGUACCCAAUGAAAAUUGCACCUCCGGAUGGCACUGCAGGUUCCCCAGACUCGCGCUACAUUCGUGUUGAGACCUGCAUGUUCAUGAUCAAACUUCCUCAAUACUCCUCCCUGGAGAUAAUGCUGGAUAAACUCCGGUACGCCAUCCACUACCGCGAAGACCCUCUCAGCGGCUGAGCUGCUGCACAUCUUUAGGCAACGGACGUCUCUGCGGAAGUCCUUGGAAGAGGCUCCUGCCCAGCUGAAAAUUGACACCGAACAGCGACAAGGCGAGAGUUGAAGGCUGAUCCUUUGCCUCUGCAAUGGCACUUAUGGGGAGGCUUCCAUUUCAUACUUGUAGGCUUUUUGUGGUGGAUGGGUUGUCUUGUCUGUGAAAUAUUUCUAGGGUAAGUUUAGUACACAGACUGAUGUUCACAAACCUUGAGAUCCUUACCUUUCUUUCAUAACUAGAAGAGUGCUAAUCACUGAAUGGGAAGUUAAUGAAGCUUUCAAUGCAGAGUUCUCCCCCGCUAUCAUUUCUGAGUGCAAAAAUGGAGCGGCUGCCAUUGACACACAACAGAAUCCUCACUGGGGCAAUGACUGAAAACCCUCCCUUCUUGCCAGUGAUGCAGGUGGCAACUUCACAGCAUUCCACACCUCCAGGUUUUGGUGGCGAGGAUCCUGUCAAUUCACGUGUUUCAUUAAAGAGAGGCUAUGUAAAAACAAGUUUCUGGGUUCCAUCACACCACAAGUAUGAGUUACUCUUUUGCACACACACACAAACAAACAAACACACACAUGGUUCAGGGCUAAAAUCCACCGGCCCUGCCUCUUGGCUCUCUACAGUCAGCAAAGCCGGUGGACGCACUUGCAAUGUUUUUGUACUCAGAAAUGAUCACUUGGAAAUUAUUAUUACUAAAAUGUUGCAUCCAGAAAGUGGGGGAGAUGAGAAGCGUCUGACUUCUGAGCUAAUGUUUUACUGUUUCUUGGGAAAACUGCAGGCACAAUCCACUCUGCCUUGCUGUUUUGUGGCUUUCUUUUUUUUGCUUCGCUGGGCUUUCCACCGGGUUCCUACACAAAGGGAGAAGAGCUACACAUGAGCAGAGCUGGGCCUGUUACAAGGUGCACCCUGCCUCAAGACCCAUCAAGCAGACACCCCCCCCCCCCUUUACUAAUAUGAAGUGUUGUGGGUCCUGAAGAAGGUAGUGUUGUUGGAUUGAUCCAUUUCCGGGUUGCCUUCAAACCCAAGAUGCAGUGCUAUGUAGGAGUUUAAGUGCCAGUACUUGGUUCUAAAUCUUGUUUUUUUUUGGCCUGCGAAAGCCUCCCCCACAAUUUUGCAAGCUGUAAGCUAGGGCUGGCAGGAGACAAGAGUCAGAAUAGUUUUGCUUGCCUGUAGCAACGGAACAGCUGUAUUUAUUGUAUAUAACUGUGAAUACUGGUAAUUAUUUGGGCUGCAUGGUGUGUGGAAGGAGCUCGGGGAGGGUGCGAGAGGAAGAGUGUGACUGUUUUUAGAGUUAGAUCUUGGCGUGAAAAAAAAGACCCAACUUCCAUUGUCAGAGAAGAAGAACUCGCACCUGUUUAGGUAUCACUUUCAGCUCUUGAGCCUUGCCCAUUUUCUGGCCAAAGUGGGCACAAUGCGUUCAGAUGAAAAACAAAUGUUGCGUGAAGGACAUGCUGGGCUGAGCUUCACCAAAAUCUGGCUGGUUUUGUUUUGUUUUUCAAUUGCCCAGCUUUCUCUUAAGGGAACUUCUCGCUCAGUCAAAUACCUCACAGGCCUUUCUGUUGCCAGCUGUGAAUAUGAGGAAGCUGUUGCUGCUGCCGUUCCUGCUGCUUCCUCCUAGAGGACGUAGGGACGUUGGGAGUCUCCACCCUUCGGCCCAGAAGCAUGUGUGCUGUAAAGUGACUUGAUGUAUAUUUAUUCCAACUAUUUAUGGUUGCAUUUAACAAAACAAAAUGUCCUCCAUGGUGUUUACACCCCGCCCGGCGUAAAUGGAGUUUCUGUUUGGGAACAUUUUGUAUCCAAAUCUUAAGCCCUUCAUCUGCGUUGUGGAUUCCUAUUUUGGAAGAGCAGGUAGGGACAAGUUAAAGGGUGCUGCUAAGACUGAGCAAGUGGCAAAGAAAUCUGCCCUGGACUUCCUGAACCCAUCAAAUUGGUUCUUGUUCACUGUAUGAACAUUGACUAUAUAGUCUGCAGUAAGAGUGUCUCUCACUAAAUACUCUGGGUUGUGACUUUUUAUUUUUAACUUGAAUAUUCAUUCCGAAUGUAAAGCUGUCCUAACAGCAGAGAAUAUGGAUGUUGAGGCAUUUAAGCUUAUGUUGAGGCAUCUGUUUUGCUAUUUAUUACACACUGUUAACCUGUUUUUAAGUGCUCUUGGUCAGGUAUGAAAUAUCCAGGCUAAAAGGGAAAUCUUACUACUUGUCUGCUCCUUAAUCUUUUGCCUGGAAACAGAAACCCUGUGACCUCCAAGCUGCAUUCACCUACAGAAAGUUAAAACUACUUGAGAUGACGAAUUGCAGGCUGCCCGAUCUCUGGCUCAUUUUGAGAUGGGUUUAAAGCACUGUAGUUUUUAAUUUGUAUUUAAUUACAGCAAACGUGUAAAUAUUUUGUACAAAAGGGAAAAGUGAGCCAAGGGCUGCCAUUCCUCUUGUGCAGAAGGGGCUCCAAGUUCCUUCUUCUGCCCAAGGGAGACGAGCUACCAAGCUGACAAGUGUGUUUUGUUUGCCUUUUUUUUGUUAAUUUAUUCUCUGCUUUCCACACCUCGAUUCUACUGCGAAGGUCUCCCCUUAGAACUGUUGUCCCUUCUCAACUAUAUCAGAUACAACCUUAGCUUUCCUCCGUAAACCCACCACAGUGCUUUGCCCCUGGAAAUAACAUUGCAGUUAGUUGCCACUUGUUUUUCAGAAGUCUCUUUGGCUUUUCUUGUAUUUAAUAAAUGCUUACUUUUGGUGGAAGUGUC